ACCAUUAAGGGGCAUUUUGAAAACUGAGUGGCGCUGAUACUUAUAUUAUAUGGCUUAAUAGUUAUUGUUAAAAUUAAUUCGGUUAAAUCUAACAUUUAGAGUAAAAGGAAUGAUGAUUUCGUGAAGAUCACUGUAGUAUGCUCAUCGUACCCCUCUAAUGGUACAUUCCACUUCCGAAACAAACAUGGCACAUGAUAACAAACCAGAGAGAGCUUUCACGGCCAUUUGAAAUCUGUUGAAAGUAAAACUUAUUGACUGCCGUUGUUUAAGUGCUUCCGAUCCUGCGGUUUGCUAAGUCCAGGGGUUGUCUCACAGGCAUGGCUUUGAAAUUAUCAGCUUUAGGGUCUCACAUUAGAUUACAUGUGCACCGGCUCCAUGCUGAGUUCCAGAAAGACACUGUCAAAUUCAAACACACUUUAAGUGCGUGGAACUCGCCAGUAAUAAUCCCAACACGGAGCAACAUUAACGCUGCCGUCACAGCUAAGAAGUCCUCUCUUGUCGGAUCAGAGCUUUGGAAGUCCAGCCAGGCUAACACCUCCCCACCUACCGAGUGGAAGAGGAGCCUGCUGGGAAAGUUUGCCCUUGGCGCCGCUCUCGGAGUGGGUACAGUUACUCUGGUCCGGUCCGUGCACACCGGGGCCGUCACCGCCAUGGCUCUCAAAGUCAACCUGGACUCAGCUGAUGGAGACUGGAAGAAGACCAAAGACUUUUUGUUAUCUCUUUCUGUGGAGGACAGGCGUCACUACUACAAGACCUCUGGUUCAGUGCAGCUGGAUGACAUCCCCGUGUGGACUCCAGCUUCAGGUGUUUCUGUGCGUGCUCGGUACCAGAAGAAUGAAAAGUUGGACAGGAAGAUUUCCCUCUACUGCGGAGACAUCACCAAACUGGAGGUCGAUGCUAUUGUCAAUGCAGCAAACAAGACUCUUCUUGGAGGAGGUGGAGUGGACGGAGCCAUCCAUCGUGCUGCAGGUCCCAUGCUGAAAAAAGAGUGCGCUUCCCUCCAUUGCUGUGAGACAGGAGAGGCAAAGAUCACAGGUGGCUACGGCCUCCCAGCAAAGUACGUGAUUCACACGGUGGGACCAAUCAUACAAGGAGGAGUUGAAGAGGAGGAGAGGAGAGCUCUUAGGUCGUGCUACAAGAACAGCCUGCAGACUGCCACGGAAAAGGCGGCACGCUCGGUGGCUUUCCCUUGCAUCUCCACUGGGAUUUAUGGAUACCCACCUGAGCAGGCUGUGCACGAGGCGUUAGCAACUGUGAGGGAGUACCUUGAUGCACAUCACGACAAGCUGGACAGAGUCAUCUUCUGUGUGUUCUUGCCAGCGGAUAAGGAGCUGUAUCGGCAGAACCUCCCACUCUACUUCCCUGCUGAGGCCACUGUCAAGAGUAAACUCUGAGAGAAAGUAUUUGGUUACCGUGGAUACAAAUCGCUGCAUCCCCAUGCCUCCUCCUUAUCUUCACGACUAAUGCAGCUCAAGAACUUCUCCAGGAGGAAGAUGUGUUCUUUUUCCAAUGAUCCGCCUAGUUCUCUCACAAAUUCUAUUAAGUGUUUGUAGUUUUCUUGUAAUGAUUGAUGUUGUGAUGAAGAUGUGAAAUAAUCAACAGGUUUUUUGUUUUAAACUGGCAUGUAUCUUGGGCCACAUGAUUGUGAUCAACAUUAGAUUUACAAUUCCCCAUAAAGUACGCAAUGUGUUUGUUUCAGCAUCUGAAUAUUGUUAUUCAAGUGUGUAAGAAAAUAUGACAAAGGCUUAUUAAAAAACAAAUCUCUCUACCA